CUGAGGCACAUUUGUAAUUUGUGAUUUUAGGCAAUAGAAAAUAUACUGAAUUGAAUUGAAAUUGUGUGACUGCACUUAAAUAGUAUAUAAAAAGUAUAAAAUAUAACUAAUAAUAUAAAAUUCCCAUUACAUUCUCUCCUUUUGAUCAUACUCUUGAUCAACAUAAUCACCGCCGUUUUCAAGUUGUAUUCAACAAUUCACAUUGAUUCAAGUUGUAUUGUCAUCAACCAAAUUGGUAGGAUGCAGACUAAAAAUAAAAUGCACAAAAAGUCGGCCAAAAUAGCACCGGUUUCUUAAAAUAUUUUCAAGCGUGGCGUCGGGCAAUAGUUCACGUUAGCCACCUGUGUGUGUGAACCGGGGUUGAACGGUCUGUGCACAUCUUGUUUCUUUCUUGGAUUAUAACCAUAGUGGUACCCUUCGUCCCGUCCUCCCUGUGGUCCGGAGAGCACCCGGCCGGGAGGAGAGCAUGCAGUUAAAAAAUAUAUUUUACCUCGAUUGUGAGUGGAAACAGAAAACUCACGGAGGGGUACUUCAAAGCCUAGUCAAAUAAAACAAAAACGUAAGAGAGAAGUGAGAAAAUGCGUUCUUUAUUGCUUAAAAAAACAUUUCAUUAACCUUUCAUUAGCACUGUGAGCAAGUUGUAGAGUCCUAGCAUCAUGUUACAUUAAGGUGUUCCUUACACACUGCUAUGCAGUGACAGCCAAACUGCAGCUGGCUGCAGACCACACCUCUCUUUCCCUGCUGCUCUUUAACGGCACACUGUCUGUGGGUCUCUGGUUGGAUGAAUUACCAUCAUAGAUAUCGUAUUUGACUCUCACAUCAGAACAGUUCGAGUGGGACUGAACUACACUGUUCUGAAACAUCUUUAGCCAACUGCCAUUGGUUUGUAUCAGUAUGGAUUUCUCACAGCUGUCAGGCAGAAUUAUUGGUAGGACAGCUGGGAGGAACAAAGAGCAUGACCUAGCAGCAGUAAAAGACAGAGGAAAGACACCUGCUGACUUCAGCCGCAACUACAGCAAAGAUCUGCUCCCAGCUCCAGGUGGUGAGGAAUUGACCAGAGGGUUUCUGCAAGAGGUGGUUGACAUUCUGUUGGGUUAUAUCAGCAAGUCAAGCCAGCGGAGCUCCAAGGUCUUGGACUUCCACCACCCUCACCAGCUAAAGGAGGGACUGGAGUGCUUCUCUCUGGACCUGCCUGACCAACCAGAAACUCUCGAGCAGAUACUAGUGGACUGUAGAGACACACUUAAGUAUGGUGUCCGUACAGGCCAUCCCCGUUUCUUGAACCAGCUGUCUUCAGGUCUGGAUGUGGUUGGUGUUGCAGGCGAGUGGUUAACCUCUACAGCCAACACCAAUAUGUUUACAUAUGAAGUGUCCCCUGUUUUUGUCCUCAUGGAGGAGUGUCUGCUGAAGAAGAUGCAAAGCAUUUUGGGAUGGUCUGAUGAUGUGGGGGACGGAAUCUUCUGUCCAGGUGGCACAAUAUCCAACCUGUACAGCAUCCUGGUGGCCAGAUAUCACUUCUACCCAGAGGUGAAGACCAGGGGGAUGGGAGUCCUGCCUCAGCUGGCCCUCUUCACUUCAGAACAAAGUCACUACUCAGUAAAGAAAUCUGCAGCGGUGCUGGGGAUGGGCAGUGAGAAUGUGUUCAUGGUGAAAUGUGAUGAAAGUGGAAAAAUGAUUCCUGCUGAACUGGAGUCCUCCAUUGUUACCGCUAAAGAAAAGGCUUUGGUUCCAUUCUAUGUGAAUGCGACAGCGGGCACCACGGUGUACGGAGCCUUCGAUCCUCUCAAUGCCAUAGCUGACAUCUGCCAAAGAUACACACUGUGGAUGCAUGUGGAUGCAGCGUGGGGGGGAGGGCUGCUGAUGUCAGACAGGCACAAGAUGAAACUACAAGGCAUUGAACGAGCCUGCUCUGUAACAUGGAAUCCUCACAAGAUGAUGGGCGUCCCUUUGCAGUGCUCUGCCAUACUAGUCAAGAAGAGAGGUCUCUUACAGGAGUGUAAUGAUUUUGGGGCUGAGUACCUUUUCCAGACAGACAAAAACUACGACGUGAGCUAUGAUACUGGAGAUAAGAGCAUCCAGUGUGGCCGACAUGUUGAUGUCUUUAAACUUUGGCUCAUGUGGAAGGCAAAGGGCUCAGAGGGCUUUGGAUCUCAGGUGAACAAAUGCUUAGAGAAUGCUGAGUAUCUGUAUGACCAACUGCAGAGGAGGACAGACUUCGAACUGGUCUUGAAAAAUAAAGACAUCUGUCCUCCGCCUCUUACACAGCCGGAGCACAGCAACGUGUGUUUCUGGUACAUACCUCCAAGUCUGAGAGGCCAGCCCCCUGGACCUGACAGAGAUGCAAGACUCCAUCAGGUGGCUCCUCGGAUCAAAGGCAGGAUGAUGGAGAAGGGCUCUGUCAUGAUUGGCUAUCAGCCUUUAGGAGACAAAGUCAAUUUCUUCAGAUGCGUGUUCUCAAAUCCCGCAACACAGCAAGAGGACAUUGACUUCCUGUUGGACGAGAUCACCCGGCUGGGCGACAUAUAACAUUUAAUAUGAUUACUUGGUCAUCAUUUGGAAAUAAAUGUGUGACGAUUAUUUUACUGUACCAUUAGUCUACAUUGUAUCCAGCCUGGGUGCACAGGCUUUUGACCAUUACUUCAAUCUAUGCUCUACAGCUUCUGCUUAACAUUCCAACUUUGGAUCAUUUUACAGUUUUGCUAUCCUAUAAUAUAUAAAGUAUAAAGCUUAUCCCUCAUCGCUUAGAUCAAUUGGUCUGCAUCGCUGAUUUAAAAAAAAUGUUAUGUAGGUGAAAAAAAUGCAGUUGUUGAGAUUUACUUCACGUUGGAACGACAAGUCCCGAUCAAAGAUAACGCUGAGAUUUGUUAGAGUGGUGUUGGAUGCCAGGGCAAUGCAAUCUACAGAAA